AUGGCUCUGGGCUGCCAGCUCCAUCAGCACGCCUCCAUCCCUGGCCAUGGUUCCGCUGGCACCCCGGCACGGAACAUUCGGAAGCCUCCGAGUGCCUACUAUCAACACUGUCCAAAAUACUACACGCUGCUGCAUGUCAACUAUCAAAAACUGAACAAGUCUAAAAGAAUUCACCAUUCCUGGGCUUCCUCAGCCUCUGUCCUUGAGGCAGGCGGGAGUCUCCAGGCAGCUCCUGAUUUCUCUCUCUUGCGUCCUUCUCCCCCUUCAGCAAGUGAAGAAGAUGCCAGGUUCACUCUGGAGGCACUGAACGCCCGGAACCGAGGGCCCCUCCAGCAGAUCCCGACUGGGGGACGAGGAGCGCAGGCAGACAACAAUCCACGCAAAGCAGGUCUCAGGCCCAGCAACUUCAACCCCAGGGAAAGUGUCAAAGAGGCGCUCUUGGGAAACGUUCCCCGCAACACGAUGCUCAGCCGCUUGCUGGCGACAAACAGGAAACAGUACAAGAAGCGCGGCAACCUCUCCGAAUGCUUCUGGAAAUACUGCGUGUGACAGGCGCUGGGACAGCCCCGACCGACCGACCGACCGCCCCCCUCCCCACCCCACGGCUUCUUAAUUUAUGAUGUGAUCUUGAACUAUACUAGGAUCCAGCAUAUAGACUUGUGGAAACUUAAAACCUGAUGAAAAUAAAAUUAAAAAAACAAAACACCCUGAAGCUGGCAAAAUGGUCCACAUUCCUUGCACUU